GGUAGGGUUGCAUUGAGGCUGAGCAAGGCUGAUCACAUGCUGUCAACUUAUCAUGUCGUUUGAACACUUUCGCAUCUAAAUACAAUCCAACUAUCGUAGAAUCAGGACAUCCUCAAAAGUUCUUUCUUGCAAGUUAUCGCAUGUUGACAGCUUCUCAGAACGAUUCGCAAUUUUGUGAGGCCAUCGGCAAACAUAAAUUGUCAGACACCGUGUCCAUACUUUUGGGAAGUACGCCAGAGUUUCAUGAUGUUCUGGACAGCGCCUAUCCAGCUCGCUAUCCAGCAGAGCAACAGUGACGUUGGUGACGUCGCUGGUUCCUGCCAGAAAUCGCACAGUAUCAUUAUAACCGUUCGAAAUCGUGAUAGCUCGCCUUUGAAGGAAGAGGAACACCGUCACUCGCACAAUCAUACACCCACAUUUUAUGUGAAAGAAGGUGAGGCUAAGUCCGACAGCAUAAGACAAAAGAUAGAACAACAUUACAGGGCCCAUAUUACACUUGUUGAGGGUGAUGCUGAAAGAAGCUGUAAACCCCACAUAGGAAGCACUGCCUUUCUAUCGACCGAGAAUUCACAUCGAUGCCUUCGUGCUAUAACAAUCAACACGCCCUCCCUUGUAGGGAGUGCUGCCUUUCUACCAACCGAGAAUCUGCAAAUGUGCCUUCGUGCUACACCAAUCAACAUGCUUCCCAUAAGGAACACGCCCCCCCUUAUGGGAAGCAUUGCCUUUCUACCGACCAAAAAUUCCCUACAAUACUCAUGUGCGGAUCUCAUGAGGAUCAGAUUCUGGGAUUAUAAACUCUGCAGACGCCAAGUAGAAGGUAAUAAUCUUUCAAGUUUCGCUUGUGGAGCGACCGAACAUCGACUUGCAGAUAAAGAAGUAUCUAUGCGUGAUAAUUUGAUAUAUGCAGAAUUCGAUGUCGAUAUUGUCAAGCAACAAAUUGUUCGUUCCUAUCGUAAUCCAGCAUUGCAGAGCAAUCAUCGCAAGAAUCGAAUAUGCAUCAAUAUUUGCGCAGUACCCGGAAUGGUCAUUUCCUCGUAUGCAUUAUCGAGAUACAUUGUACAGACCUCGCUACCAACGACGACGAAGACGAUGUUGCAUCGCAAUCUCACAGGAUUCCCAACUAUCAAUCAUCCAAGCUCCACCACCUUCGUAGCCGCGCUCCUCAUAUACGCCAUAUGCUCCAUGUCAAUGUACCGAGCGAACUCACAUCACUUCUAUCAACAACAUACGAUCUUUCUUUUCACCAUCGGUGUUGUGAUAUUUCAACUUUUUCAAUAUCCGAGUCUGAAUGAAGCUUUGGGUAUGGCGGCGGCUGUAAUACCUGCUGGUGUUACAAUUGCAAUGGUUGUAAGCAUGAUAGGCCACUUUUGGUCGCCUAGUCAUGAGGAGACCGCAUUCCAGGAUUUGAUCAAGAACAUCGAGAAGAUGGUUCGUGAAGGAGAGAUUUUGUAACAGGCAAGCUUUCUAAACGAGGCAUAAGCACAUUCGAGUGUCAUAUUAUCUGAUCAGUAUCUUGUGCCUUGAGCCUCGAGAGCCUCUAAUUAAAUAUUCCUAAAUUCUGAACAUGUCUUUUUUCAGAUGCAAUACUUGAUUAUGAAGCAGUGUGCAGCAUCUGCAAAAUUUUUGCAGACAGAGUUUUUGCAAACAAUGCCAACUACUGCACCUUUUAGACUCGUUGUUUCCUGUCUUGUUUUCUCAUGCGUUUCUGCGUGCACCCAAUACCGUAUUUUCCGCCGGUUGCUUCCAUUGCAUGUAAGGUUGGAGUAGAAGUGACGAAUGAAGUGAUUUAUGUUUGGGAAUAUCAGAUAUACCUAGGUCCUAGGAGACCCACUCAGAUGA